GACGCAAAAUUUACUGGCCAUCAUAUUUAUUUGACUAAUCCCUUACCAAUCAUUCUUCGCUCCUUGUGGUGCCGAUACUCCGUUGGACAUCUGUGCUCCACGGAGCCAGCAGUCAGGCAUACUCGGUUCUAUGUCAGAGGCACCCACGAUUCCUCCGAACCCCGAGCUUCCGUUUGAUCCCACUACGCUCCCAAUUGCGCAGCUUGAAUCCCUGAGAUUCAAAGCAAACCAGAUAAUCUCAUCUAUACAAGCCCUUGCAUGGACUAUCGAAUACGGUGGCGCGCAUGUCAUGCCACCAUGGCCUGAGAUACUAUCAAAGUACACCGUUCUCCUCUCGCAGACGCAUACAUUUUCUUCUGCGCUUUUGUCUGUACCUGGAUCUGCACCAGUCGAUGGUCCUGGCGCUUCGCAAGGCGGGCUUGCACGGCUCGCAUUACACCCUCGUGUUGGACUCUCGGACACCCAGCUAGACAAUGACUUUAUUCCGCUUCUGCGAAAUCAACAAACGACAGAUGUACUGAGACUGGAGAGCGCGGCGGUUCGUCGGUUAUCAGAGCACAUGGAAACGCGCGGUGCACUCGGUAUGUCCGCACCCACGUCCGGACCUGGAACGAGUACGAGACCGAAACCCGAGCACGAAGAUGUUAUUCGCGAGUGCGCUGAAAUCCGAGAUCAGCACGAUCGUCGGGCGGACAGAGCUAUUCGGGCGGUUGCGAUGUUGCGCGAAAAGUAUAAUUGGCGAGAGAGAGUCGCAGUUGAUGAGGAGGAGCCGGAAGAGCUGGAUUGGGAUCCG